UUAUUUAUUCACAUGAAAGAGAGCUAACCAAAAAACACACCUUCACUUUGUUUUCUACUGAAUUUAUGGAUCAAAAAACCAAUGUUUUCAUAUGGGAUAUGGAUGAAACCUUAAUCUUGCUUAAAUCCCUAAUCACAGGCUCAUAUGCAAAGGCUUUCAAUGGCUCUAAAGAUGUUCAAAAGGGGAUUGAAAUUGGCAAAACUUGGGAAAAUCAAAUCUUGAGAAUUUGUGAUGAAUAUUUCUUCUAUGAACAAAUUGAAGGAUGCAACAAGCCUUACAUAGAUGCAAUUAGGGAGUAUGAUGAUGGAUUAGAUCUCACUGAUUAUGAUUUUGCAAAUGACGGUUUUGUUGGUACUGCAUUUGAUGAUGAUUCUAACAAGAAGAAGUUGGCAUAUAGACACAGGAUCAUUGCCCAGAAAUAUAAAAAGGGCCUGCGUAGCGUAUUUGGUGAAAAGAUGAUAAAAUCUUGGGACAAUCUAUAUGGGGUGACUGAUGAAUAUACUGACAAAUGGUUGUCUUCCGCUCGGGCCUGUGUAGCGCAAUGUGCAAGUGGAAACAAAGAUUUUACACCGUCAGUAGAUUCAACAGAUGCCAUCCUGGAUUCAACAAGUUCAAGUGCUCAGAACAUCAAUGUUAUUGUAACUUCCGGCUCAUUAAUCCCAAGCCUUGUCAAAUGCUUACUAUUUCGACUUGAUGAUUUGUUUCCAUACGAAAAUGUUUACAGUUCAUGGGAAGUAGGGAAGUACCAAUGUUUUUCAUUGAUUAAAGAACGAUUCAACGGUCCAAACGUGCAGUUUUGUGCAAUUGGUGACGGAUGGGAAGAAUGUGAAGCAUCUGAAAAUAUGCAAUGGCCAUUUGUGCAGAUAGAUCCUGGGCCUGUUACUACUUCUCAGCGUUUUCCUGGGCUCAAUCUCGAGACUUUAGGACACUAUAUUAGUGUUAUAUAUGGAGAUGAUGAUGAUGAUGACGACGAUGAUGAUGAAUAAAGAGCAGGAAAAGCACAUUAUUGGCUGAAAAAAAUCUUUUAGCAAGGCCCAGUCUUGCAUAUUCUGUUGUUCUGAAACAAAAGGAGAUGUUUUUUCCCUCCAUCAAAUUUCAUUUUUAUAUUUCGGGGGGUUGAGUUCUCAAGUGUUGCCACCCUCCCAGUAGUUAUACUCAUGUACAUUGUAAAUUACAUUGAAAAUUUUAAUCUGUUGUAUUGACUUUUGUUUCAUUA